AUGAGGACAUUCAAUGCAAAUUCGCUCUGGCACAGCCACACUGGCGCGCAGGGACUCUACUUGAGCCUCUCCAGCGUGAAUCACUCAUGCAGGCCAAAUGCCACCACUGGGGAUCCCAAACAUGAGAGAGGCCAGGGGAAGCUUCCUGCAGGUCUCGAGACGGCGGACCCAUUGAAGAAGGCUCUUGUUGCUAUGCGUGACAUCGAGCCAGGAGACGAGAUCACUAUCAGUUAUCUCAGUGAGGAUGAACUCCUGGAACCGUCCAAUGCUCGCCGUGAGAGACUUGAGAAUCGUUUUGGAUUCAAGUGUGUCUGUGAUCGCUGCGCUCACGAGGCUGAUGACGGAUUGCUGCGAGAUGCAGUGGCCUGGGGAAGCUUCCACGACGCGAUAAACUCGACUGGAUGGGCAGUCCUUGAUGUUCAUACGUCGUCGUUGGCAAGUGGGAACACCCAAAGCUACGCUGCUGGGUUUCUUGAAGGUGCACUCACCCAUAUGCGGAUCACGCAACACUUGCAAAACAUGUGGGGUGUCGACUUCAAGGGCUAUGCAACGGGCACUGUUCCUCAGAAGGUGCGGGACUUUGUCUCAGCAAACAUGGAAUGGAUGGUGGCGAAAGUGAAGGCCAAUCCUUCAGACAAGUAUUGGGCAACUGUCGGUUAUCUUUUAGCGCAGCUUCACGGCCUCGCUGACGGAUAUGAGACAGGUCGAGAUCGCAAGAAAGGAGAGCUUCCCUUAACCGUCGAGGACAUGCUCAUGCUGGUCAUGGUAGACACCGACAUGGAUGAUGUCGUGACAGCAGUGGUUGCAGAGGGCCAUUUCAUCAAUGAGCACUUCCUGCACCGUCGUCACAAGCGGCGGCACAGGAUGUUCGACCCCUUCCCGGAGCUCUUUGAAAUUGGCGACAGACGACAUCAUGGGCAUUGCAGUGCGCUGGUUCAGGUGGCACCGAACCUCGAAGAUUUGUGGGUUUCCCAUGCAACCUGGGACGAAUACAGGGGAAUGCUUAGAAUUAUCAAAUAUUUCGACAUGCCUUUGCCGGGCACAGUCGUGCAACGAAUGGCCUUCACAGCUGACCCCGGCGGGCUGUACAGUGCUGACGACUUCUAUGUUUUGGACUCUCAGCUCGUGGUGAUGGAGACAACGAUCGACAACUACAACCGAUCCUUAUGGAGCCAUGUCAAGCCAGAGAGCCUGAUGACCUGGGCCAGAGCCAUGGUGGCCAACCGUUUGUCAGAAAAUGGCGCCGAGUGGACCUCCUAUCAGGUGCGGGACAGCAGUGGCACCUGCAACAACCAAUGGAUGGUGGUGGACUACAAGCGCUUCAAGCCCGGCAAGUCUUUGGAAGACGGGGUGCUUUGGAUCUCAGAAACCAUGCCUGGACACUCACAAGCGGGCGAUGUGACAUAUGUCCUCAGAAAGCAAAAAUCCUGGCCAAGCUACAAUAUCCCCUUCUUCACGCACAUUUGGAAAGUUGGUGGCUAUGAGCACCUGCAGGCCAAAAGUGGUUCAGAUGAUUUCAGCUUUGAGCGAUGCCCCCGAGCCAAGAUGUUUGAGCGUGCCAGACAAGAGGGUGCGGGUGACUCUUUGAAAUCCUUGAUGGCUUUGAUCAGAUACAACCGCUUGGAUGAUCCCUUAGCGCUGGGGGAUGCCUGCAAUGCUAUAAGCGCAAGGUGUGACCUGAAUCCCAGGAAGCAUUUGAGCUAUGAUUGCUUCGGCGCCAUCGACGCGAAGGUUGCAAGCUGGAGAUCAAGCAGACAUGACCUGUCAUUCCUAGCGGUGUCAUCGCCGACGUCGAGCAAUGGGGAGCGCCCCUUUGCAUGGAGUCGCGUGAAUGACAAGCUCGAUGGCUGCAAGCCCGAAAACCAUGUUGGACACCCAGACGCCUUCGAUUUUAGUUGGUACCAGAUGCCUCCCAGAUGGCCCUUAGCAGAGUCUCCUGCUGCUCUGGCAGUGGAGCGAAAUACUGGGCUCUCGAUGGAUUUGCAGGCCGCUGUCCUUUUCAGCGGACUUGCUUGCAUUCUGCUCAUUUCCUUCAUGUUGCGAAGAGCUUUUUACCAUACGGACGAAGUCCUUCCAGCUUCGUUUUAUGAGCCGCUUGACACUUGA